GGGAGAUCGCAAGAAGAAGUGACAGAAAAGAGCAACCGAAACAACAAAUGUGAGUAAACAGAGAAGCAGCUUGCUAAAUCCGGCGGAAAUGGUCGAAGCACGAACGACUUGAUGGUGGAGGCUCGCUCCGGGAACGCCGCAACGCCCCAGAUGAUGCCAGAGAUGGUAAGUCUGGGCUCGCCGAGGAGGAAUGAAUCCACCCAAUUCAAUAAGUUAGCCUGCACGGGAUGGACAGCCAGUGACCAGUCCCCGAUCCACUAGUGGAGGGGCCGAAUCCCCGGAAUGGGGCCGUUAUUAGCAAGCGCUCGUCCUGGCACCGCAACAUGGGGGGAUCUACCCAACCUAGACAUGCAGUAGGGUGGGGCUGAGUGGAAUUCACAAGGCGAUGGGGUGGAAAUGAAGCGGCAACGCGGAAUUGUGCAAUUCCGGCACUAUCCCACACGUUGUCGUCGCGCGCUUCCAAGAUUGCAGUCGUCGUCAUCUUGCGCAGGGCUCCUGUGCUGGAGGUGCAUGAGCAGCACGACUUUCAUCACUGGGGAAACGAAUCUUAGUUUCGCGGAUGUGACGAGUUGGCUAAUCUUGUCAAUUCGUCCAUCCUCUCUCGUAGGGUGGUGGGUUUCAACUCGCCAGCAGGAAUCGAGCUGCACCCUGACCUAGGCGUGGUAUGAAGUCACCAUCGGUGGAGUGGCUUGGGGUCUGGUGGUGUGUUGCAGCUUCGGAGGUGAGGGAGCGAUGAGAGCUUAAACCCUGAUUGCGCCGAAUCGAUUCGGCUGCGGGGAUUUGCUUCCGGGCCAGCGGUUUGUGUGGAAUUGUGUGAAUGCGCCAGGGUGAUUGGGCAGCCUGGCGAAAGCAGAGCUCGAGCUCGACUUCCACGAGAGAUUUGUUUGGUGCAGCAGAGAGACUGUGGGAGGAGGGAGGGAGGUGCGGGGGGGGGUGGGGGGGGGGAGGGGAAAUUUAUCUGAAUGACUUCAGCGUUGAGGUUUUUGUGCUGUGGGGCAAAAUGCCUCGGGAGUUCCGCCAAGCCUGGAAAGGAAACUGGCUCCAAGAAGGCCAUCACGGGAUCAAAAUCAAAGAAGAGUGGUAACUCAGGAGCACUGAAGCCUGCGGACUCGACCUUUUAUGGCCCAAGAAUCUUCACGUACAGGGAGCUGUCGCAGGCGACGAAGCAGUUCAGCGCAGAUGAGCUCCUUGGGCGAGGUGCCUUCGGGAGUGUGUUCAAGGGGACGUUGAGCGAUGGAUCUAUCGUGGCCGUGAAACAGAUCGCGCACGAUUCCAAUCAAGGAGAGCGGGAGUUUCUCGCUGAGGUGUCCAUCAUCAGCCGCAUUCGUCACAGGAACCUCGUACAGCUCCAGGGAUGGUGCCACGAGAAGGGCAAUCUGCUCCUGGUCUACGACUACAUGCCCAAUGGCUCCCUGGACAAGCUCCUCGACGGCACCAACACGAACGCUAAAUUCGCAGGAUGGGACAUGCGCCACUCGGUUUUGCGAGGAGUGGCGUGCGCGUUGUCGUAUCUCCACGAAGAAUGCCAACAAUGCGUUCUCCACCGUGACGUGAAACCCAGCAAUGUUCUUCUCGAUGAGAAUUUCAACCCGCAUCUCGCAGACUUCGGACUCGCCCGCCUGAUACAUCACACUACCGACAACGUCCAGACGACCAUUAUCGCCGGGACGCGGGGUUACUUAGCCCCAGAGCUCUCGCAGGUGGGAAAAGCAUCAACGAAAUCCGAUGUGUUCAGUUUCGGGGUUUUGGCUCUGGAGGUUGCGACGGGAAGGAAGGCGCUCGACAAGAACUUGCCCGAGAAUCAGAACGUGAGCUUGGUCGACCAGGUAUGGCGAGCCCACGAGCAGCACACGCUGCUAUCAAUUGUGGAUCCGAAGCUCGACGGCUCACACGACCCCGAGAAGAUGACCACAUUGCUGCAGAUGGGCUUAUUCUGCUGCCACCCUGAUCCAGAAGCCCGCCCCCCGAUGAGCUUCAUCCGCCAGUGGUUCAUUCAAGAGGUCCCGCUCCCCGCCCUACCGCCCGUGAAACCCCGCGUCAACUACGUCCUCACCCCGCCAUCGCCCCCCAAGCUCGCGCUUCCCGCACCCGAGCCCAAGCUCGCAAUUGAAGGCCCUCCGUCGACAGGCCCACAAAAGAUGAGCAACGGCACGAGCACAUCCGCCAGCCCAAUUCAUCCUCGCAGCCCCGCGCUUCGGAGUCCCAACACGCGCAGCCCCACGCCCCAGAGCCCGACGAACUCCAGAGAGCACGCCAAAUCCAAUGGCGUAAGCUCACAUCCUCCUCCGACGACAGAGCACAGUCCCGCUGCAAACGGUAAAUAGGUAUGAAAUCAAAAAAAUACUGAACCCGCAUUGCACAAUUUUCCAUGUGGGUUGGUAUAAUUAUCCAUGUGGGUUGGUAUAAUUAUCCAUGUUAGGGGGUUUAGAGCUGUAGAAGUGGGGGAUGCGGUCGCUUAUACUAGGCACUUUGUAUCUAUCUACCAAGGGAUUCAAAUUGAGUACAUAGUUGAGAGUGGGAUUACGUGAUUGAUGCGGAUAUCGUCAUGUUCACUUGUCGAGGGAUGCUUGCCCAUUGAUAUCUCCGGGUGUGCAAUAUUUUUUGUAAUUCAUAUAUUUUUUCCUCUAAAACAGAUUUAUACCUUUAGAGGGGAUUGGAAUAAGGUAGUCUUCUUCCUUCGAAGUUGCACUCUUUUUGUCA